GCUCUCCACUGGACGGAUUGUUGGCUUAGUUCUUCUUCUCCUUCUUCUUCUUCUUGCUGCUGCUGUUCUAGCUGUGCUGGUAUACAAGGGUGACAUCACAUUCAAUCGUAAUAAAGUCAUCACAGUGGGAGAAGGCAGUGAUGUUACUUUACCCUGUUACCUCUGGCCCAAGAAGGACCUUCGGUCAGAAGUGUUCAUCUGGCAGAAAACUGAUAGUCUUCAGAUGGUGUUCCUGUAUGAUAAUGGUCAUCUUUACAGUGAUAAACUUGGAGGUCAGAAUGAGCAGUUCAAAGGUCGAGUCUCACAUUUUAAAGAUGAACUGGAACAAGGCGACGCCUCCAUAAUCAUCAGAAAUAUGACGAGGGCUGACAGUGGAGAAUACACCUGUAUUGUUUCAUCAAUUCAGAAAAAAGAAAAGAAAAAGAAAACUCAAAUAUUCAACAUUAAGCUUGUUGUUGAGCCAAAACUCAUCAAAGUGGAAGAAGGCAGUGAUGUUACUUUACCCUGUUCACUCAUCACCAAGGAGAACCUUCGGUUAACACGGUUUAUCUGGCAGAAAGUUUCCCAGAAAACUGAUGAUGAUCAGAAGGUGUUCCUGUAUGAUAAAGGUCAUCUUUACAGUGAUGAGCGUCCAGGUCAGAGUGAGAAGUUCAAAGGUCGAGUCUCACAUUUUCCAGAUGAACUGGAACAAGGCAACGCCUCCAUAAUCAUCAGAAAAACGACGAGGGCUGACAGUGGAGAAUACAGAUGUAUUAUUCCAUUAAUUCAGAAACCUCAAAUAUUCAACAUUAAUCUUGUUGUUGGUUCAACUCCAGAGUCAAAAGAACAUCAUUCAUUAAUGAUGGAAGAAAGGCUCUGAUAAUGUCUGUGUUGCUGGAAACAUUUAUUUAGUUUUCAGUUAUUUUAUGCUUGUGUUAUAUCACAAUGUAUAGGCUCAUUGAUUUAGUCUUGUAGCUCUAGUUGAUUGUGUAACUGUGUGUAAGACUUGUAGAGUAUUCCUGUUCCAGAGGUGUGUAGAGCAGAGAGGACCAGAUCAACAUGAUGAUGCUCUUAUAAGUCUUGUCUUCUUGUAUUCAGACAUAAUUACAAUGUUUUCUGUGAUGGUUUGAAGUGUGAAAUAUUGUGUAAAAAAAGGUCACUUCAUUUAAUUUUUUUGUUAUUUUAUAUUGUGUUUUAUUACAGUUGUUAGCUCUUUAGACAAUCAUUUCUUGCUUGUGUAUUUAGAAGAAUAGUAAAGGCUGAGAUGUGGUAUUGAUCUUCUUAUCUAACUCAGUGAGAAAGUGAAUAAAGUGCCCUGGUGGGUCACCGGGUAGACCUGGUACUUUAGGCUGAGUCCUCACCACAGUGACUUUGGUUUGAGUCCACCACAGAGCCCUUUGCUGCAUGUCAUCUCCUGUCUUUCCUGACUGUCUCUAUCACUAUCUUUUAGAAGAAGAUACGCUGAAGAAAAAAGUAUUUAGAAAAAAGCCUCUCUGUACUUGUGUUCUUGCACUAUUUAUGUUGUUAAUCAAUAAUAAAGUGCCUUUAUCAUUUAAAUUUAAAAGUAUUCAAAUUAUACUAUUCAAAAUCUUUAAUAAAACGUCAAUAUUGACAUUA